AUGUAUUUUAAAUUAAAUAUUAUACCAUUAAGAAGACCUGAUUUAAGAGAGCCCUUACCGACAGUAUUGCAUUAAUCAAACAAAAAAUCUCCAUUUUGA